UUGUGCUUGAUAUCUUCCUCUUUCUGCCUGUGUCUCUCUUUGCUUCACUAUCGUACUCGCUUCUCUGGGGCAACCUUCCUCUCUUGCACCCUCCUGGUCUAAAUGACCUUUUCCCCCCUUUUCACUGCAUGCUUAAUUUGUAUAUUACUGCUGAACCCCUCUCUUGCUUCUUUGCUCUUCUGUUAAUGGAUGUGUCCAGAGCAGACGACUAGACUGCAAUGCUGUUGAAGUGUAACAGCGGGGAUCUGACGAGCUUCUUUCUUCUGCUUUCGCUAACGGCCCUCCUACCAUGAGCAGUUCUACUCCAUCUACAGCUAACGGCAAUGACAGCAGCAAAAAGUUUAAAGGAGACAGAUCACCCUGCGCUCCCUCCCGCGUUCUUCACAUCCGCAAGAUCCCCAUUGAGGUCACAGAAGCAGAGAUCAUCUCGUUAGGACUCCCCUUCGGCAAAGUCACCAACCUGUUGAUGCUCAAAGGGAAAAAUCAAGCUUUCGUAGAAAUGGCUUCCGAAGAAGCAGCUAUCACAAUGGUAAACUACUACAGCACUGCCACGCCACACCUUCGCAACCAGCCUGUCUUCAUUCAGUAUUCCAAUCACAGAGAACUCAAGACAGACAACCUGCCCAACCAGGCUCGAGCCCAGGUUGCCCUGCAGGCAGUGAAUGCUAUGCAUUCAGGAAACAUGACUCUGGCAGGCUCUUCAUCUGCCAGCGAGGGUCACUUAAUGCCUGGGCAGAGCCCUGUCCUGCGCAUCAUUGUUGAGAACCUCUUCUACCCUGUCUCUCUUGAAGUUCUGCACCAGAUCUUCUCUAAGUUUGGGACAGUUCUCAAGAUCAUAACCUUCACAAAGAAUAACCAGUUCCAGGCCUUGCUACAGUAUGCUGAUCCUGUGAAUGCACAUCACGCCAGACUGGCUUUGGAUGGGCAGAAUAUCUACAACGCCUGCUGUACUCUGCGGGUCGAAUUCUCCAAGCUGACUAGCCUUAAUGUAAAAUACAACAACGACAAAAGCAGAGACUUUACUCGGCUUGAUCUUCCAUCCGGCGACGGCCAGCCCAUCAUGGACCCUGCCAUGGCAGCUGCUUUUGGUGCACCAGGAAUUAUCUCUUCACCCUAUGCAGGGGCGGCUGGAUUCGCCCCAGCCAUGGGUUUCCCACAGGCUGCAGACAUACCAGACGUUUCGGGGCAUAACUGGCUGGCCCCCUCAUCGGUGUGGUUGUACAGAACAAACUUGGUGACAUCACCCGUUUAUACUGGAGGAUGUCUCCCACACCAUCAGUGUAGAAAGCCAGGAUGCAGCCACCUAUUAUGUGCUUCAGGUCUCUCAAUGCAGACAGUCCCUGGAGCUCUGGGCCAUCUUACUAUCCCAGCCUCUGCGGUUGCUGGCCGCAUGGCUAUGCACAGCUUAGCCCAUACAGCAAUGCAUUCGGUCCUGCUUGUCUCCAAUCUCAACCCAGAUAGUAUAUCGCCCCAGGGUCUUUUCAUCUUGUUUGGUGUCUAUGGGGAUGUUCACCGAGUAAAGAUCCUGUUUAACAAAAAAGAAAAUUCCUUAAUACAGAUGGCAGAUCCAACUCAAGCACAGCUGGCAAUGAGCCACCUCAAUGGGCAACGUCUCCACGGUAAAGUCAUCCGCGUGACCAUCUCUAAGCACCAGAUGGUGCAGCUUCCCCGUGAGGGGCAAGAGGACCAGGGACUGACCAAGGACUUUAGCAACAGUCCGCUCCACCGCUUUAAGAAGCCAGGCUCGAAGAACUUCCAGAACAUCUUCCCUCCCUCCGCCACCCUGCAUCUCUCCAACAUUCCACCAUCAAUUGCAGAUGAUGACCUGAAAAACCUCUUUGCCAGCACUGGAUGCACAGUGAAAGCGUUUAAAUUCUUCCAGAAAGACCGGAAGAUGGCCUUAAUCCAGCUAGGUUCUGUGGAAGAAGCCAUCCAGGCCCUCAUUGACCUCCACAAUCACGACCUGGGAGAGAACCACCACCUCAGAGUCUCUUUCUCCAAAUCUACAAUCUAACAUCUUACUUUGGAUUUCCUUAUAAGACUGAACCGUUUUUAGAAAAAAAUAAAUAUAUAUAUAUAAAAAAAUAAAAUACGUGAAUGAACGAAUUUACAAAUAAAUAAAAAUAAAUAAAACGUUUGUAAAAGAAAGCCUUCAGACAAAGACUGAAGCAUUUAACAACCAGCUCUGCCUCCGAGACGACAAUGAACCCUCGAACGUGUGACGGUCAAGACACAAACGGAGUGUGUGAUCAGGGAUUGUUCGCCAGGCAAGACUUCGAUGUUCCGCUACAAUUCCUCCUACCCAAAUGACCUUCACCACAAUACUGUUCUUGGUUUGGGCAAGCAGCCUUAAACGCCUGAGCUCAAGUACUGUGCAAAGAGACAGCAUCCUUUUUACUUACAGGUAUCGGUUUCAACUGAAAAAAUCUAGAAUGGUUUUUAAAACACGGGACUAACCAGGUUGUAGAACUCAAACCUGCACAACAUGCUUCAUUUUAAAAUGAAACAAUGGAUUCCUACGCAUAUGGCUGCAGUUAUGAAUGUGUACCUAAAGUAAUAGGUAAUCUGUGAAUUGCAAAUGCUAGAAUGACGAUUAAACUUUGAAUGUUGUAUUGUUUUCUAAGAGGAAUUCUAACCAUUGACGGCUAUUUUUUUCCCCCAUUUUAAAGCACAAAAUGUUUAUCUUCAGUUUGCCUUUCAGAAUAAAGUCUUACAGAAAACAACCACUUAAAUCCAAGACAAGUUUGAUAUGUAUAACUGGUAGUGAGCAUCCUUUAAGUGUGCUGCCUUCUCUGAGCCAAGGCAUAAAGCUGAAGUUCUUGUGCUCAACCUGUAUGUGAUGUAGUUUGUCAGUCAUUUACUUUAGCGGCCCUUUAAUUACAUAUACACAUUUUAACUAAAUUUUUCCUAAAGUAACUUCCCUUUUCAGCUUUCAGAAACGGUUUUAGUAGUGGUAGUUGCACUAAAUUAUUCAAUAUUUAAUUGUUAUACUUCACACUUCUAUAACUGCCUUGCAUUCUUGUAGGACAUCAAGAAUAUUGCCUCAAUCAUUCAACCCUACCGCCUUUAGACCAAAAAUGAUCUUGGCUGUUUUAAAUCUCUCCAACACUGGGGCGGAUGAACAGAGGAAGGUUUGCCCACGCCUCUGGCAGAUUAGGAUAAAUCCUAGAGUUGAAAUGUAAAUAGCGGGGGUGUUAAUUGGUAAGCUUAAUGAGUAGACUGCCAUGUUAACAAGUUGGUGGCAAGCUCACUCCAGCCUUAAUGUUUCAAGGGUAUUUGUCUGGAUCUUUUUUUUUUUUUUUUU